UGACAUUCCAAGUCAAUCCAAUAUAUAUAUGGCUGGUCCGCGCCCUCCUGAACAGCAAGCAUCAAGCAUCAAACGUAAACUGCAAAGAUGGCAUUUGCCCUUCACUUGUUGUUCCUCCUUUGCGGGAUCAGUGGACUGUUGAAUGGAGUCUGGUCUAACCGAGUGAGUUAUCACAAAGAAAAUAACUGUCCUAAAGGGUGGACUCGUUUGGACUGUAAAUGUUACAUCUACGAACGUGAAGCGAGGACCUUUGCAGAUGCAGAGAGCAUCUGCAACAUUCUUGGUGGGAAUCUGGCCUCCAUUCACAGUGAUCUGGAAAAUGCAUUUGUUCGUGAAUUGAUUCGAGCUGGUGGUGAUAAUGCCAACGAAGGCUGGAUUGGACUCCAUGAUGCAAUUGAGGAUGGUGACUACAUAUGGGCUGAUGGCUCUGAAGAGGAUUUUCUUAACUUUGAUGUCAAUGCUACUCCUGACCCAGAGCCUAAUAGCGCCACUGGUAACUGUGUAGAGCUUGAUGACAGUGAUGGACUUUGGCAAACUGCGCUCUGCACGGACGAGAAUGUAUAUGUCUGUAUCAGAGAUGUGUAUCCUGUUUAGCCAAGGAUUGCUGACCUGGUGAUAUCAGAAUUGAGUUCCCUCAUCAUGAUGACUCAGUGAAACAAUAUCAAACUUUUAAUGGUGUUGCUGUAUUUCUAGGUUAACUAUCAACUCUUCUUCUCUUCUUCCACAAUGCUCAAUUAUAAUUGGCGACAAAUGUGUAAUGUCAAAGAGCAUCUGUCUGGUAAAUGAAGUAAUCUGUUUGCAUCAAAA